GAUUUGAUUGAACUGAUUGAUCUGAUUGGUCUGAUUGAUCUGAUUGGUCUGAUUGAUCUGAUUGGUCUGAUUGAUCUGAUUGAUCUAGGAUGACAAUGAUAGGAUCCUCUAUGGUACAAGAGAAGAAGCAUAGCUGCUAGGUAUCUAUCUGCUAGGUAUCUAUCUGCUAGGUAUCUAACCAUCUCCCUCACUAACCCGGCGAAGCUUCUUGACUUCCCCUAGUCAACCCACUCGAUCCAACGAGGAAGGAAAAGAAACGAAAAGAAAAUAGCGUUACCCUCCCAAUCACCAAUCACCAAUCACCAAUCACCAAUCACCCAUCACCCGUCACGGACCACAUGGUCACUUCCUAAACAGAAAAACUACCAGGGACCCACUCAUCCUCAACCGCUCGCUCAGAUAUCUUCUUCAUCUUGCGCCUCAAGUUUUACUUCCUUCCUUUCUCCUUUCUUAGCACCGAACAACACACACUCAUUCAUUGCCUGCAGCUUGCUUCAGAAUUACCAGACUUCGUUGGCAAAGUCUACAUCACUAUCGAAUAGUAUAUCUCAAGAAAGCACCUUCCGUUCAUCAAAUUACUUGCGCAGCUACCUUUUGUAUUCACCCAACCGUCAUUCGAUACUACCGAUUCACCAAACCAACACUGUUUCUAUUGUUGCACAUUUGAGUCUAUUGAGCCAAAGCACUUCCCGCCGAAACAGUACAAGACCUUGCGCUUUGAUCAAUAUCUUUCUGAUAUAUAUCUUCCUCAAGACAACCAUCUGUUCAAGACAUCCUACGUUGCCUUUCGAUCUUCAAAGUCUAGAACGCAUACUACUCUCGCAUAUAUACAUACCUUCGUGUCAAUAAAUUCAAACCCUACCCAAGAAUAUUUCAAUAAACUACAUACAAAAUGCAGUUCCACCGUCUCACAGCAUUCUUGCUUUCCCUCUUUGUCGCUUGUGUAUGCGCACAAUCAAUUACUUCCACUACAACCUUCACAGCAACAUCCACUCAUACUCGAACCAUUACAGUUUCUGAGGUCAUCGCAUCGGUUACAUCAACCUACUCAAACUACAAUACAUCGGCAAUUGCACCUACAGGAUCAAUUGGAACCAUUAUCGCAGCUACAACAUCGGCCAGCCCUCCAUUCGCUACGGAUUUCACUGGUGCUGCACCAAGUGUUCAAGCAAGUUAUGGUGUAAUGGGUUUGUUUAUUAUGGUUGUUGCAGCGUUGCUGUAAACAAACAAAUGGACAAAUGAUAAGACAAGAAUGCGGGGUCUAGAUGAGAUUAUACUUUUUGAUUAAUCGUCAUUCCUCUAUCAAUACCAUCUAGAUCUUUUCCAGGAAUGCAUUCCAAAAAUACCUCAUCACAUUUACGAAAUCUUCGAUGCGACAUCAUAUCAUAUUUCACACUUCUUACGAAUCCCUCUAUUACGGCUUGAUGAUAGUUUUGUUUUUUAAUGUCUCACGCCAAAUUCAUUGUUCGCUUUUUUUUCUACACGAAUAUUCCCGAUAUCGAUUAACGAAAAAAUAUACCCUCAUAUUUUUGAUUCGUUACCUGGAGUUUUUGGAUAUCUUCUCUUGAUCCUACCAAUACCUCAAUUCAUCAUUCAUCCAUGUUGAUGGUUUAAUGUUAUCACUUGUGAUGACCUGGGGAUAUGUCUCUAUAUAUCCUCCAUUUUGGAUCCUUUCAUUAUGAUGGCUAUUGAUGGAAUUGGUAUGGAUUGAUUGAUUGAUUGAUUUGGAGUUUAUACUUUUUUAUUGAUGGUCAAAGAUGGAUGACUUAGCUUGGCUGGCUGGCAUGGAAAAAUUUAAAGGCCUUUUUUGCUGUUCUCGCCGCUGAUCGGCUUGAGAUUGUCGAAUCGAGGGAUCGGAGAGGGAGUUAUUUUCUCGAUUGGAUGCGUUAUAUUUUUGGUGUUUAUAGUUUUUAGUGAAAGAUUGAUGCUUUUUUUGGUGAUUGAGGUGGUUUGAAGGAAGAUGAAGAAAUGGAUGAUUUAAAGAAAGAGAGAGAAGAUAUGAAAAU